AUGGUGUUUGUUAGUUGGGGUGCCUGGGCAUUUACGCUCAUCAGCUCCGUUGUUGCCCGCGCGAUAUUGAGACGAUAUUGGACCUCGAUCCGGGAUAUCCCUGGCCUACUGUUAGCUUCAUUCUCGACUCUUUGGCAGGUUUUACAGAUCUUGAAGGGCUAUACGGAAGUAGAAACGAUCAGAUUACACAAAGAACAUGGAUACUUUGUUCGCAUCGCGCCGAAUGAAGUUAGCGUUUCUCAUCCGGAUGCCGUCCGAUAA